AACAACUCAGCCAGACUCCGAAGUGUAAAAUGCUUGACUCGAUGAUGUGUAUUCGAUAUUCUACAUUACUUAUCGAUGUUCUUCCAUUUGCCGUACAAGUUCUUUAGAGCAAGUCAUCGGAGGCCUGCCUGACAUUGAGUCAAGUAACUCUUGAUCAUAGUCUAGCAUUACUUGCAAAUGAUUCCGAACAUCAAGAUUCCUGGGACAUUCAAGAGUGAAUAGAGUACUUUAGCUUGGACGUGGUCGGGACCGUGUCAUACCCGAGCAAUGAUUGGUCACCGAGCAAGAUUCGGUGAUCUGGGACCCUGUCAUGCCCAAGACAUGAUUGACCAGGCCCUGGCUUUACAAUUGGACCCUUGAAAACCCUGACGUACAGCGAACCUGUCAAAAAGCCUAAUUAUUAGUUAAAAAAAUGCGUCAGGUCUUUGAAGUCACCCUAGAAAUUUGCCGCCAGAAUGGCUCUCCCUCGUCACACUCUCCGACUUCGCGCUUCUACGACCAACUUUCAAGUCCUCAACAUUUCUGGGAGCCUGUUUAUUAGCCGUCAUUUUCCGACUAGUAACAAAAGUUUAUUCUAUCACACUCAUUCUCUUAUGAUGAACGGACAUGGAGACCUGAAUAACUCCCACGCCGGGAGGACGGCAGUUGAACUGACACCCGACCCAGCCUACGCCUAUCGAUCUCUCGCCAUUCAUCCAACAGAUGACGAUGCUGAAGUUCGAGAUAAAUAUCGGCCUUUCCUUCUUGAAGGCAAGCUCAUCAAGGAUGACUGGGUCGCAGAAUUGGAGCUGAGCACAGCCAUCAAAAUGGUUCAGGAGGAGAUUCUGGAUAGAGGGCUGGAUCGCCUGCGCAUUCUGGUCCUCUACGGUAGUCUAAGAAGUCGAUCGUACUCUCGCCUCCUCGCCUUCGAAGCCGCACGUAUUCUCCACCGUCUCGGCUGUGAUGUAAGACUCUACGACCCAGCUGGCCUACCCCAGAAAGACGACGUACAACAUAAUCACCCUAAAGUUCAAGAAUUACGAGAGUUGAGUAAGUGGAGUGAUGGCCAUGUCUGGAUAAGCCCAGAACAACAUGGCAACUUGACCGGCAUCUUCAAACAACAAAUAGACUGGAUCCCCCUCUCAACCGGCUCCGUCCGUCCAACCCAAGGCCGAACCCUCGCAAUCGCUCAAGUCAGCGGUGGAUCGCAAUCUUUCAACGCCGUCAACUCCCUUCGUAUUCUUGGGCGAUGGAUGCGUAUGUUUGCUAUACCAAACCAGAGUUCUGUGCCAAAGGCGUAUACGCAGUUUGCAGAUGAGAGUGAAGGAAGUCGUAUGAUACCGAGCUCGAACCGAGAUCGUCUUGUUGAUUGUAUGGAGGAGUUGGUGAAGUAUACUAUUGUCAUGAGGCCGCAUUUCGAUCUGUUUGGAGAUCGGUUUAGUGAGAGGGAGGAGAGGAGUGUGAAGGAGAAGAACGGAGCAAUAAAAUAGUACGAUAGAUUAGAUAUGUCAUUAUGAAUCAUGUAG